AUGUGGUCUUCAAUGAUAGAAGUGUUAGGAAAUGUACAUGAUGAAGCUUCUUAUUCUGUGAAUAAAGUUAUUGCUUCAAUUAUCAUAUUUCUGGAUCAAUUAAUCGGUGAUGUCGGGAAGACGGCCCAGUUGGUACGAAUCGCAAACGACUCCACGCGGCACGCCACCUUCAAGAAGAGGAAGAACGGCUUGCUGAAGAAGGUUAGCGAGCUCGCUACCCUCUGCAAUGUCAGCACCUGCAUGAUCAUCUACAGUCCCGAGGAGGCCGCGAUGCAGCCCGAGGCAUGGCCCUCUCCGCCAGAGGCCGCGCGCAUCGUAGUGCAGUUCCGGAAUAUCCCGUUGGUAGAACAGCGGCAGAAGAUGCUCAGCCAGGAGAGCUUCCUCCGCCAGCGCAUCGCCAAGCUCGAGGACCAACUUCGACGGGCGGAGCGCAAGAACUGCGAGCUCUCCGUGAGCCUGCUGGCGAACGAGGCACUAGCCAGCGGCAGAUUGCCGGUCGUCGGCAUAGAUGAUGCCGCGGCCGUCGCCCGGGCGGCGGACUCGAUGUUGGAGGUGCGAGAGCGGAUUAACAAGGAGGCGGCAUGGCAGGCCCUGUCGUCAGCAACCGCGCCCGUAGUCGAUCCGUUGGAUAUUGCCAUGGAGUCGGUGCAGGCGAGCACGUGGCUCGACAGCAAUUGUGCUUUCGGUAAGGAACUAAUUAUGCCGAUGCCUUACACCAACCAUGUAGGAGAUGCAUGGACCAAAGUGCAGGCGGACUCGAAGUUGAAGGAGGUUCGAGAUAGGAUUUACAAGGAGGCGGCACGGCGGGCCCUGUCUUCGGCGACCGCGCCCGUAGUCAAGUCGUUGGAUAUAGCUAUGGAGUACCGGUGCAGGCGAGCACGUGGCUCGACAGCAAUGGUGCUUUCGGUAAGGAACUUAUUAUGCCGAUGCUUUACACCAACCAUGUAG